AUGCGUGUUGGGUCUUGGCUCGACUCAGUUAUGGAUGGUUGUGCAUUCACGAGCACUUCUCUAUUGCUUAUGCGGCGAGAAAAGGAGGUCUCGAUGCGCAGUCAAGAAGUGGAUGGGAAGGGUAUCCGAGGUGAUGGCAAUGGAACAGGACAAAAGUCCGCCACAAUCCCGUUGGACGGUCGAACUUGGGCCUCUAGGCUGGAGGCGCUUCCCGACCGAUGCGGAGUGAAAAUGGUACUUGCCCAAAGGGCCCUUGAUUGUGUUCGGGAAGGGGGAAAGUUGGCCUGCCAAUUUGCAACGCACCAGAGCGCACCCGGCGUCCAGCUCACUUUCUUUGGGCUUAUUUGA